AAUCAAGAACAUUUGUUGAAUUUUCAUCAGCCACACGUAGGAUUUACUUGAGGCAUACGCUUUUUUUUGUGCAACAACUUGAGGCAUACGCAAAUCAACAAUAAAAUUGACCUAUAUAUACAUAAACAUUUUUAUCUGGCAACUUCAUAUCAGUAAAAGAAGAGUAGUACCGAAACUCCAUUAAAGAACUGAACCAGUGAUGUCUUUUUCAAUAGUAGCAGCAGCUUUGCUAGUGGCUGUGUUGUUGUGGACAUGGAGGAUCGUGAAGUGGGCCUGGAUAAAACCCAAGAUGAUGGAGAGUUACCUGAGAAGACAGGGACUCGCGGGAACACCUUACACUCCUCUAGUCGGAGACAUGAAGAGAAAUAUUAAUAUGUUGAUGGAGGCCAGAUCUAAGCCCAUGAAUCUAACGGAUGACAUCACUCCACGUCUCCUUCCUCUUGCCUUGAAGAUGUUAAACACUCACGGAAAGACUUUCUUUAUAUGGAUUGGACCAGUUCCAGCUGUCAUGAUAACCAAUCCAGAGCACAUCAAACAAGUCUUUAAUAAAGUUUACGACUUUGAGAAAGCUGCUACGUUCCCUUUGGUCAGGUUGUUAGCAAGUGGGGUCGCGAGCUAUGAGGGAGAUAAAUGGGCAAAUCACAGGAGAAUCAUCAACCCGGCUUUUCACCUCAAGAAGAUCAAGAACAUGGUCCCUGCGUUCUACCACUGUUGCAGCGAGGUUGUCUGCCAAUGGGAGAGUCUAGUUUCGGAUAAAGAAUCUCCUUGUGAGGUAGAUGUAUGGCCUUGGCUUGUGAAUUUGACUGCAGAUGUGAUCUCACAUACUUCUUUUGGAAGCAGCUACAAAGAAGGACAGAGAAUAUUUCAGCUCCAAGGGGAGUUAGCUGAGCUCAUCGCACAAGCUUUUAAGAAAUCUUACAUCCCUGGACUAAGGUUUUACCCAACAAAGAGCAAUAGAAGGAUGAAAGCAAUAGACAGAGAGAUUGAUAUAAUACUGAGAGGUAUUAUCAGCAAAAGAGAGAAGGCUAGAGAAGCUGGAGAGGCAGCCAAUGACGAUUUGUUGGGGAUACUGCUGGAAUCAAAUUCAGAUGAGUCUCAGAGAAAUGGAAUGAGCGUAGAAGAAGUGAUGAAAGAGUGCAAGCUGUUUUAUUUUGCGGGACAAGAGACAACUUCAGUACUUUUGGUCUGGACUAUGGUUUUAUUAAGUCAUAACCAAGACUGGCAAGCUAAGGCACGAGAGGAAGUGAUGCAAGCACUCGGUGGUAAUAAUAAUAAACCAGAAAUAGACUCCCUUAGCAACCUUAAAGUGGUAAGUAAACCAUCUAUCACCUUCUCCUGCAUUCAUAGUUACCAACAAUCACAUGAAGUUUUGAUUUUCAAACAGAUGACUAUGAUCUUCAAUGAGGUAUUGAGGCUAUAUCCUCCAGUGGCUUUGCUUAAAAGAGCUGUCAACAAAGAAAUGAAGCUGGGAGAGCUUACUCUCCCGCCUGGAGUUCAGGUUUAUAUACCAACUGCACUUGUCCAUCGCGACCGUGAGCUUUGGGGAGAUGAUGCAGCUGAGUUUAAGCCAGAGCGGUUCAGAGAAGGGCUCUCAAAGGCAACAAAGAACCAGGUCUCCUUCUUCCCCUUUGGAUGGGGACCAAGGAUCUGCAUCGGUCAGAGUUUUGCUCUGCUGGAGGCAAAGAUGGCAAUGACUUUGAUUCUUCAGAGAUUCUCCUUUGAACUCUCUCCUUCUUAUGUUCAUGCGCCUCAAACAGUCAUGACCACUCGUCCUCAGUUUGGAGCUCAUCUCAUCCUGCACAAGCUUUGAUUAUGUGUGUUGCCAUCAAGUGUGUCUGUAUAUGAGUCUGUAACAAAAGCAAAUCUUAGAAAGACUUGUUUAUUACUUUAGGUUAGGUUUUGAAGAUUUCAAUUCAGUCCAAGUCUAAGUCUAAGGUCGUUUUCUAGUGUUGCUGAAUUAUUAAUCUUGAAAAGUCUAUAAUACAAAGCCAAUUUCA